AGUGUUCACUAGACUGAUGAUAGUGGCAGUGACUCAUUAAUUUAUCAACGUGCGUCAAGAUCACUGACAAGACAUAGCACCCAAGUUGAAACUGUAGAUUAGUAUGAUGAGAGGAUCGACUACUGGGUGACUAGUAACAGAUCGGCAGGAAGCGCUGUGACAGGUGGUGCCUAGCUGGUGUUACCUUUUGCUGUUGCUGCUUCAUGGCUAUUGUGGAGAUGUGGAGCACCCUGGCGACUGUCCUGGUGACGCAGCUGGCCAUGCGUGUUCAGUGUGGGGGCGCCGGGCCGCGGGUCCUGGUGGUGGCCCUGGACGGCUUCCCCAAGGAGCAGCUGGCCCGGCACACCUGGGACCACCUCACAUGGGUGUAUGCUCAUGGCAGCCACCCACGCAGGUUCAUAAAUCAGUUUCCAACCAAGAGUUUCCCCAACCACUUCAGUGUAGCCACAGGGCUGUUUGAAGAGUCACAUGGUGUGGUAGGCAACAAAGUAUUUGACCCAAGUCUCAAUCGCACCCUCACCAUCAAGGAUCCUGAGCUCUUUACACAGAACCCAGGUGUCAUGCCUCUCUGGACUUUGAAUGAGCUUCAUGGAGGCCACAGUGGCUGCAUCAUGUGGCCAGGCUGUGCUGUCCCUUUCCAUGGGAGGAAUGUGACCUUCAGUGAACCAUACCGUGACAAUGCUACAUUUGAUGAAGAGGUUGAUCUGGCAGUGAAGUGGCUAACACAUCCCAUGAAGCCUGCCAACCUCAUUUUUUUCUACCAUGACCAGCCAGACAUGGCUGGGCAUGUGUAUGGCCCAAACUCUUCAUACUAUGAUGAGGAACUCAAGAAGAUUGAUGCAGGUUUGGGUUACCUCUUCCACAUGCUGGAUCUGCGAGGACUUAAAAAGGAGGUGGAUGUGGUGAUCCUAAGUGAUCAUGGAAUGGCUCAAAUUUCCUCCAUCACUGGCAUCAUCGACUUGGACACCAUUCUUGACCCGGGGCUCUAUACCUUCACAGGCUCCUCUCCUGUUCUCAAUAUUUGGCCCAUUAAAGAGAAGGUUGUAUAUGUGUAUGCCAAGCUGCAGGAUGGGAGUAAAGCUUACCCUUACAAAGUCUACAUGAAGGAGGACAGUCAAAUGAAAGCAUGGCACUACAUGAACAAUCCACGCAUCAGCAGCAUCACCCUAGUAGCCAAUGAUGGCUAUGUCUUCCAGGAUGUCAAAGGAUUCAUCAAGGGCCACAAAGAUAAAGGAUAUCCAGGCUUGACAGAGAUGUUUGGUGACCAUGGCUAUGAAGUAGACAACCCAAGCAUGGAGCCUAUAUUCGUGGCAGUUGGGCCUUCAUUUCGUCAGAAAUUCACAGCAGAGGAAUUCAGUAACCUUGAUGUUUACCCACUGCUGUGCCUAAUGCUGGGGCUACCUCCGGGGCCCAACAAUGGCUCACUUGACAAUAUCUACCCCAUCCUGGCUCAGCCCAUCACUACUCGUCUUAUUCAGCCUCUCCUUGUCGCCCUGGCCUGCCUAGUGGUGUUUGGUGUGGUGAUCAUGGCAGUGGCAUGCAAAAUACACCAUCGGGAGAAACGGUCUCCUGUCUCUGCUGAUGCACUGAUCAACGGUUAUGUGUACAGGAAAACUAUGGAAAAAGACAAGAAGUCUGCUGAUGAAAGUGAAGAGGAAUGUCUAUUGGAUAAUGAAGAGAUAGACUUGGUGUAGGCAUGAGUACAUACAAAGGUUUGUGGGCAGAGUGGUGCUUCAGAACCUUGGAGAAAUUAAAUAAGUUUAAUAAUUUCAAGUUUAAAAUAUUCAUGGGACAACAAGUUUUAGGGCACAUCAUCCAAGUGUCUCAUGCCAAAGAUUACAAAUGUUGCUUUAUGUAAGUUAAUCCUAGUCAUGCUAAAAAGGUCUUAUGUGUAAGUCCUAUAGAUUUGUUGCGAAAUGCACAACUCUUGAAUUUUUCUGUUAUUUCUUAUUGGAACAGCAAAAGCCUUUCAGUCCUUGACAAAAUAUUUUAAACCUGUUGAGAAGGCAACUUCCCCUUUUAUCAUCCUUGCUUCAGUGACACUAUAGUCGGUGUCAUGAGAGCUGGCUGGGAUAAUCUUUCAAGGAUGGACUUGCGAACUUGGUAUCAUUGCUUGGGUGAUGGUACUGCG